AUGAACAGUGACGUAUUUGAAAAGUGGUUUUCAUCAGUAUUACGGCUUGUGGAACCCGGUUCGGUGAUCGUUAUAGACAAUGCGCCGUAUCACAGUCGCCGAGUAGAAAAAUUACCUACGUCUGCUUGGCAAAAAGCCGACAUAAUAGACUGGAUAAAAUCAAAAAACAUCCAGUUUGAUGAAAAUUUGCUAAAAGUACAAUUGCUUGAUAUUGUCCGGGUACAUAAAGACCGGUAUAUUAAAUAUGUUGUCGAUGAAAUGGCGCAUAAAUGUGGAGUUACUCUAUUGCGAUUACCUCCAUACCACUGUGAGCUAAAUCCGAUAGAACUUAUAUGGGCGCAGAUAAAAGGUGAAGUUGCGAGAAAAAAUACAACCUUCAAAUUAAAUGACGUUAAGCUGUUGUUAAGUGAAGCUAUUAAUGGCGUGACAGCAGAUGAUUGGAAGAAGUGUAUUGGGCACGUCAUUAAAGAAGAACAAAAAAUGUGGGAUUUGGAUACGCAAGCUGAAGUUAUGGUUGAACCUCUUAUUAUCACUCCUGGUUUCGAAAGUAGUGAUAGUGACGAUUCUUGGACCGCAUCAGAUAGCGAAUGA